UCUUAGGGACACACGCCGGGCCAGUGCUUCUGCUCCGGCCUCGCUUCUCAGCUCAUCCGUUCCUUCUUAAAGCUUCGCCGCGACGCGCUCCAUCCUUCAUAACCUGAUCCUCCCUAUCCACGCCACGCCACAGAUGCAGUCCCGCGCUAGCCCGCAGAGUCCAACCUGCCUCAACGUCCGCGUCAAGACGACUGAGGAGGCCCACCUCGUCCUGCACAAGGUGGCGCUGAACCACCUCCCCAUGAUCCACAAUCGCCUGCUCGAGGACGAGCGGUGGUCGGUCAGGGAGGGCUCCGUCUUCGUCUGGGAGGAGCGCAAGGAGAGAGACAACCACAACAGCUCUGCGAUAAGUCGCUGGACCGAUGGAAGAAGAUGGGGGCCCUCCCGGGUGAAGGACGAGUUUUUGAUCUACCAUGAACACCUGCCAGAUGUGCCGGACAAUAUGGACCCAGCCGAGAGGGAGGAGUUCAUUGCUUCGCGGCUGAUAAAGCAAACGUAUUCCGCAUGGGUUCAGCUCGUCGGCGGUCGCAAAAAAUGGCACCUUGUGGCAUACUACUCCCAAAGGACCGACAAAACGCUGCCCCGGAUCCUCAGCAUCCCCGACUUCGCUCUCUGUCGCGGCACAUAUACCCCGGACAGAUACACCAGCGCACGCGCGCCCAGGACCCGCCCGCGCAGCAACUCCAACCAGAGCGAGGAGAACGACGACGACAGCAGCGACGACUCAGAUCGCUCUGAUGAGCCCCAACCCGCGCCUCCGCAGGUCCCCGUAGCGGGCCCCUCACAUACCAGCACCCUUGUCUUCGAUCCUCAAAGCUUCCUGGUGUCCCCCGUCGACCGCGAUCCUCUGCGCGCUGCCCCCGCACCAGCCGUCCAGUGCAAUACUAGCGCGACCGUAACGGUCCCCGCACCUGGCUCCACAGCAGUGGCCGGCCCGAGCGCGGUGCCUCCCUCCGCCCGCCCCCAGACGCCUUCCGAGCGCAGCGAAGGCGGGGAGUACGCGCUCGCGCCGCUCGUGUAUGACAGGAUGUCACCCUAUCCGCCGCGUCACCCUGUCGAUUCCGUCGCGCUCCGGUCGCUGGACGUGCGCGUUCGGAUCCUUUGAGGUCGGAAUAGAUUGAGGUUGGGUGAAGUGUGGCGCAAGGGCAAGGCCCGCUGGCGCGGUGCAUUACAUUGUUUCCAUCGACGGACGAGUGCUCUCGGCGACGUUCCCUAUAUUGUACAUUGUACGCAGCCCGGAAUUGUAUGUGCUACUUACUACUGUAUCCCUGUCUAUGUACUACUUGUUCACUGCUCUCCAGUACACCAAAUGCACGGGCCGCGGCAGCUCGCAAUCAGACCUCAGGGUCGGUGGCUGCGUG